AUGACGGUAAUGGUGAUGGUAACGGUUACUGUAACAAUAACUAUAACGGUUACGGUGACAGUGACAGUAACGGUAAAGGUCAAGGUAACGGUGACGGUAACAGUAACAGUGAUGAAAACGGUGACGGUAACGGUAACUGUAACAGUGACGGUGAUGGUAACGAUCAAGCUCAUGCUCAAGGGUAACAGUAACGGUCAUGGUCACGGUGAGUGUGGCAGUAACGGUCAUAAUCACGGUUAUGGUAACAGUGACGAUAAUUGUGACGAUAACUGUGAUGGUAACUGUGACGAUAACGGUAAUAGUGACAUUAACGACUAUGGUAACGGUUACGAUGAUGGUAACAGUAAUGGUAACGGUAACAAUAACUGUAAUUGUAAUGGUAAUGGAGACGGUAACAAUGAUGAAAAUGGUGUCGAUAAAGUUGAUGCUGACAGUAACGGUUAUGGUGAUGGUAACGGUAAUGGUGACUGUGACACUAAUAAUAACGGUGGCGGUGGCGGUGACGAUGGUGGUAAUAGUGACAAAUAUGGUAAAGGUGAUGGUAAUAGUGACGGUAACGAUUACGGUGACGGUAAUGGUAAUGGUAAGAGUAAAGGUGAUAGUGACUGUAACGGUAACGGUAACGGUAAUAGUAAUAGUAACGGUGAAGGUAAUGGCAGUAAUGACGGUAAUAGUAACGGUGACAGUAACAGCAACAGUGACGAUAAAUGUGACAGUAACGGUAAGUAUGAUGGUAAUGGUAACGGUGAAGAUAACGGUGAUGAUGACAAUAACGGUGACGGUAAGGGUAAUGGUUACGGUAAUGAUGAAGAUAACAAUGAUGGUAACAGCCACGGUCAUGGUCACGGUAACAAUGAUGGUAAUGGUGAUAGUAACGGUGACAGUGACAGUGACAAUAACGGUGAUGAUAACAGUAAUGGUGAUGGUCACAGUGACGGUGAUGAUAACGAUGACGAUAAUAGUGGUUGUCAUGGCGAUGGUCAUGGUGACGGUAAUAGUAAUGGUGACGCUAACGGUAAGGGUGACAAUAACGGUAACGGUAACGUUUAUAGUGACGGUAACGGUAACAGUCUCGGUUAUGGUGACGUAACGAUCACGGUAAUGGUAAUAGUGAUUGUAAUGGUGACAGUAACGGUGAUGGUGACAAUGACGGUAACGGAAAUACUAACGGUGAUGGGACGAUCACAGUGA